AUGAAGACAAUUAGGCUGAAGCAUCUUACGGAGUGCAAGGACUGGUCGCGUGUGGACAGGGUCAGACUAGUCUACCUUUGUGUUAUUUGUUUUCUGAUGGCUAAGGAUGAGAAGAUCAAUAUCCCUCAUGCAUACAUAAGAUUAGUGAUGGAUUUUGAUAAACUGAGGAAGUAUCCGUGGGGUCUUUACGCUUACGAUCUGCUUCUAGAUUCCAUAAAGAAAGCAAGGUUCAAGUUGAAGAAGAACAAUUAUGUAUUAGAUGGAUUCUCCUAUGCCCUACAGAUUUGGCUUAUGGAGGCGAUUCCAGACAUUGGGACUUUGCUGGGUCAAAAGUACAAGGAAGUCAUAACCAGUGUGAGAUGUCAGAACUGGUAUGGAAAUGGAAAGGUUUCUUAUCAUGAUAUCACUGCUCUAGAGACUUCACUUGAGAAGAAAGCGGUUGUGUUUCCAUUCAUAUCUGAUACCGGAAACAAUGAUGUCGUUGCUAGUGUGACAUUCAGAAGGGAUGAUGAGAAGAAAGAUGAAAGAGUUGACAAAAUUAUUUCCUUGAUCAAUGCAAAAUUUUAUUGGAGCAAAUUCGUUUCGCAAGUUGAGGAAGAUAUGCGGACUCAAGAUCAGCUACAUGAGAAGGUUGAUGUUGUUGUGGAAGCUAGUCAAGAUCAGAUAGAUGGGACAGAUGAGGUUGCCAUGGAAAGUGAACUAGAAGUAUCUGAAAAAGAAGAACAAGUUGAGCCUGUAGCUAAAAGAAGGGUCACGAGGAAGGCAAAGGAUCCCGGUUGUGAGUCUAGGAAGAGACACCUACUUUGCCAACGCGCGGCAGAACAAAACACUGGUCUCGAUGAUCAAACGAAGAUUUUUAUUACGGAAUUGUUCAACACCUCCUUCAACUCAAUGAAGGAAGAGGUUAAGAAGCAUAUGGAUCAUCGCUAUGACAAGCUUGACAGUGAGAUUGCACAGCUCAAGCAAACAGUGGCAGCAGCUAUAGUUUCAAGAAACGAUGUCCAUGCAUCCGAGAGGCCCCAACCUUUGGCAAUGCCUAGCCCUCGUCCUAAAAGAAAGGAUGAAAAAUUAGACGAUGUAGAAAUGUCUGAUUUUCAUGGGAAUUUGCAUAAUGUAUAUGUCUCCCAAUCGUCUAACAUUGAUCUAGAGAUGGGUACACAAGAUUAUUUAUGUGAUGUAGAAAUGUCGGAUUUUCAUGGGAAUUUGCAUAAUGUAUCUGUCUCCCAAUCGUCUAACAUUGAUCUAGAGAUGGGUACACAAGAUUAUUUAUGGAAGACAAUGGGAAAUCUUACACAAGAUUCAUAUGUGAAAGGAUUCGAUCCAUCCCAAAAAGCAAAGGUUGAUGACCCAAUGCAGAAUGGUUAA